UAGAUUUCGUAUAUAUACAAUAUAAGGUAUUGAAAUAAAUAGUUCGAACCAUUUCACUUAAACUUUAAGUACGUAUUUCAAUUUUUGUUAAAAUUAUUAAAAUGAUCAACAGCGAACUGAAAAAUCUGGAUAGGAGGAGGAGAAAAUUAGCAUUAAAACUAGGACUGUCUAUGUUGUGCCUUGCAAGCCUCGUAAACUUAUCAGGAGCACAAAAUGAUACUUCGCAAAUAACAUCAAGAGUGUUGAAGUACAUGGAUACAAGUAUAGAUCCUUGUGACAAUUUUUAUAAAUUCGCCUGCGGUCAAUACAUCCAAAGUCAAAUAGUUUCUGAUAAAAAGUAUGAUGUACAUAAUGAUUUUAUUCCAAUUCAUCAGAAAAUUCAAGAACAAAUGAAAAAUAUUAUAGAACAAGAUUUGAAACCUACUGAACCUAAAUAUGUAAAACUAAUGAAAACUUAUUACCAAAACUGUAUAAAUGCAGAAGCUGAUAAUAAUGAUGAAGAAAUUUCCAAACUGUUCGAAAAUUUUCUAACCAAAAUUGAUGGAUGGCGCUAUUUAAAGGAUAAUUCUUCUGAAGACAUAAAUUUCCAAUGGGAAGACUUCAAUUCCAAAUUAGAAAAGAACCUUCCUUUAUAUGAAAUACCUUUUUUUAAGUUGUAUCUUAAAUCUGACGAAACAAAUAAUUCAAAUCUUCUUUUGCAUAUUAAAAAACCAUCGAAUCUUUUAGUGCUUCUUACUCAUUUUAAUAUAAUUAGAAAUAUUUCUAUUGAUGUUCACCAAUAUGAAAUACCAGUUCUAGAUAUGUUCAGUAUGAUCAUUAAAAUAAACAAAGUAAACAAAAUGCUAACUGAGGUAAGUAAAAAAUUUUUUAAAAUGUGGAAGUUUUUUAAAAGUAUUCAUUUGAUUAUUGUAAUUCUUAUUUUACAGAUACCUGAACCGGAAAUCGAAAAUAGAUUCGAUUCUAAUAAGAGAAUGACUGUUAAAAAGCUUGAAAGAAAGUAUUCCAAUAUUUCGUGGAGGAAAAUUUUUAAUUCCAGGCUACAUCCAUUCAAUGAAGUUAGAGAUGAUGAUAUUGUAGUAGUUUCGGAUAUCAGCUUUUUCAAAAAAUUUAACGAACUUAUUAAUAGUGUUUCAAAAAAUGAUCAGGCAAUUUUUCUUCUAUGGGGAGCAAUUAAAAAUAUCUUCGAUAAAAAUUAUCAAAUUAGUUUAAUUAGAGAAAAUAGAAUGAAAUUUUGUUUCGAAGAUAUAAAAUGGAAUUUCCCUACUGUUUGGGGUGAUCUUUACGUCAAAAAUUACUUUAAUGAAACAGUUAAUAAGAAACCCAUUGAAGAAAUGUUUACUAAUAUUUUUCAUCAGUACGCAACAGUCUUAAAAAAUGUGGAUUGGCUAGAUAACAAGACAAAGGAUAAUGCAUUAGAAAAACUAGCUUCAAUGUACGAAAAUCGUCAAAUAAUUUUCAAAGUUCCUACAGAGAAGGAAUUUGAUGAAUAUUACGCAAACUUGGAAAUUACAUCAGGAGAUUAUUUUCAAUCUAUUUUAAAUAUCACGAAAUUUGCUAGAGAAUUAAAAGCUAGUUUAUUCAGAGUGCCUUUAAAUAGCUCAAACUUGAUAUUUCGACAGAACUCCGCAGAUGUGAGAGCAAUAAAUAUAUUGCAGCUGAAUAGUAUUGGUAUAUCACCGGGCAUGUUGCAAGAAAAUAUUUUUAAUGUAAACAGACCAAUGUACAUGAAUUACGGAUCAGCUGGAUUUAUGGUUGCCCAUGAGUUUUCUCAUGGUUUUGAUAAUCAGGGUAGAAAGUUUGAUAAAAAUGGAAAUUCCGUUGAUUGGUGGCAAGCUACAACUUAUGAACAAUUCAUUUCAAAGGCACAGUGUUUUAUUUCUCAAUAUGGGAAUUACAGAGAUGAAGAAGUUAAUUUGAGUGUUAACAGCACCCUAACGGAAGAAGAAAAUAUUGCAGAUAAUGAAGGAUUAAAACUUGCAUAUUUAGCUUAUCAAAAAUGGGUAGAAGAUCAUGGACCAGAACUUUUGCUUCCUGGAAUUAAUUAUACACAACCGCAACUUUUUUGGAUUAGUUUUGCGCAAACUUUUUGUGAGAAGGCAUCUCUGUUUACUAAAAAAAGACUAUUAUUAAAUGACGUACAUACUAUAAAAGAAUUUCGAGUCAUUGGUUCUGUUGUGAACCGACCAGAAUUUGCAAGAGAUUUUCAAUGUCCCAUAGGUUCAAAAAUGAAUCCUGAAUCAAAAUGCUCUCUUUGGUGA